AUGUUAUCACUGCCAUCACCUACAAACUACAACACCUACCACCAAACCAAGUCACUGCCAUCGCCUACAAACUACAGCACCUACCACAAAAGCAAGUCACUAGCAUCACCUACAAACUACAACACCUACCAAAAAACCAAGUCACUAUCAUCAUCUACAAACUACAACACCUACCAUCAAACCAAGUCACUACCAUCACCUACAAACUACAGCACCUACCACAAAACCAAGUCACUACCAUCACCUACAAACUACAACACCUACCACCAAACCAAGUCACUACCAUCAACUACAAACUACAACACCUACCACCAAACCAAGUCACUGCCAUCAACUACAAACUAUAACACCUACCACCAAACCAAGUCACUACCAUCACCUACAAACUACAACACCUACCACCAAACCAAGUCACUGUCAUCAACUACAAACUACAGCACCUACCACCAAACCAAGUCACUGUCAUCACCUACAAACUACAACACCUACCUACCACCAAACCAAGUCACUACCAUCACUACAAACUACAACACCUACCACACCAAGUCACUGCCAUCAGUCACUACAUCACCUACAAACUACAACACCUACCACCAAACCAAGUCACUGUCAUCACCUACAAACUACAACACCUACCACCAAACCAAGUCACUGUCAUCACCUACAAACUACAACACCUACCACAAAACCAAGUCACUACCAUCAACUACAAACUACAACACCUACCACCAAACCAAGUUACUACCAUCACCUACAAACUACAACACCUACCACCAAACCAAGUCACUGUCAUCACCUACAAACUACAACACCUACCACAAAACCAAGUCACUACCAUCAACUACAAACUACAACACCUACCACCAAACCAAGUCACUGCCAUCAACUACAACACCUACCACCAAACCAAGUCACUGUCAUCAUCUACAAACUACAACACCUACCACCAAACCAAGUCACUGCCAUCACCUACAACACCUACCACCAAACCAAGUCACUGCCAUCAACUACAACACCUACCACCAAACCAAGUCACUAUCAUCAUCUACAAACUAUAACACCUACCACCAAACCAAGUCACUAUCAUCAUCUACAAACUAUAACACCUACCACCAAACCAAGUCACUAUCAUCAUCUACAAACUAUAGCACCUAUCACCAAACCAAGUCACUGUCAUCACCUACAAACUACAACACCUACCAACAAACCAAGUCACUGCCAUCAACUACAACACCUACCACCAAACCAAGUCAUUGUCAUCACCUACAAACUAUAACACCUACCACCAAACCAAGUCACUGCCAUCGCCUACAACACCUACCACCAAACCAAGUCACUGUCAUCACCUACAACACCUACCACCAAACCAAGUCACUGCUAUCACCUACAACACCUACCACCAAACCAAGUCACUGCUAUCACCUACAACACCUACCACCAAACCAAGUCACUGCCAUCACCUACAAACUACAACACCUACCACCAAACCAAGUCACUGUCAUCACCUACAAACUACAACACCUACCACCAAACCAAGUCACUGCCAUCAUCUACAAACUACAACACCUACCACCAAACCAAGUCACUGCCAUCACCUACAAACUACAACACCUACCACCAAACCAAGUCACUGCCAUCACCUACAAACUACAACACCUACCACCAAACCAAGUCACUGUCAUCACCUACAAACUACAACACCUACCACCAAACCAAGUCACUGCCAUCACCUACAAACUACAACACCUACCACCAAACCAAGUCACUGCCAUCACCUACAAACUACAACACCUACCACCAAACCAAGUCACUAUCAUCACCUACAAACUACAACACCUACCACCAAACCAAGUCACUGCCAUCACCUACAAACUACAACACCUACCACCAAACCAAGUCACUAUCAUCACCUACAAACUACAACACCUACCACCAAACCAAGUCACUGCCAUCACCUACAAACUACAACACCUACCACCAAACCAAGUCACUAUCAUUAUCUACAAACUACAACACCUACCACCAAACUAA